AUGAUGCAAGGGAGUUCAGGCACUAACGCGGUAGCGUCCGAAGAACCAGAAGAGCUCGUACGCUUCAGAGAACAGUGGCUCGCGGAAGUGCGUAGCAAGAAGAAGGAGCCCCAGAGCCAGGACGGCAGCGCCGCGCCCGCCGCCGCCUCCGAGGCACCCGUUUCUCAGGCACCCCGGCCGCUUCACCCUCUACAUACGUCCUCCGUACCCGUACACCACUCGCGGACACCUCAUGGCGUUCCAUCGUCCCCGCCAGCUGUCCGAAGGCUGCCGUCAUCGGUCGGACCCGCACCGCUCGGCCCCGCGUUACAGAGGGCGGUCGAGGUAUACCGGAAGGCCGUCCAGCACGAGCAGCAGAGCGAGCUCGACGACGCGCUGCGUCUCUACCGGACAGCAUUCCGAAUGGACCCCAACGUGGAUCGCGCGUACCAGAUGGUUGAGGACCAGCUCCAAGCGGCGGCACUUGCCUCGGCUCCGGCCAAGACACACCACCGCAAGACUUCGUCUGCAGCUGCCAAUGUAGACGCGAUCGUGGAGGGGCUUCAGAACGUGGACCUCGCCGCCGUCCAUAUUCCUGUCGCUCGCAUUCGCGGAGAAGGCCUCGUUACUGGGACGCUUGCCACUUUGAUCUCGUCCUGGCCUGAAGAGCUUUCGUUCGAAGCCGAAGACGAGCAAGAAGGCGUGCCGAUCAGGCUCCUGCCUAACGAGCUGCUCACUAUGAUACUCCGACUGCUAGACCACUCAUCCAUCGAACGAUUUGCUCAAGUUAACCGUAAGGCACGUGUCGUCACCUUAGAUGGCUCUAUAUGGAGACCGAUGGUACAAAGCGUGCUCAAGCCGCCACAAAUACCAACCGAGGAGGAUUUCGAGGCUUUGGUGCUGAAAUAUAUGACGGAUUACCGGUGCAUAUAUAUCGAGCACCCGCGUAUCCGGUACGACGGGGUCUAUAUCGCUGUCUGUCACUACAUACGUAACGGUGUCGGGCCGAACGCUUGGAUCAACUACAGCCAUCUGGUCACAUACUACCGGUACCUACGAUUCCUGCCCGACGGCCAGGUCCUGUCCCUCCUCGCGAACGAAGGGCUUAGUCCGCAACAAGCAAUUCCACUGCUCAAUUCCUCCUUGCAAAUGAAGGGGUUCUACAUCGGCACCUGGUACCUCGACGGCACGACCGUGCACAUCGAAGACCUCCUCGAGCCCGCGGGCGCCGACACCCGAUACUCGUUCCAGAUGAUCCUCGACCUGCGCUCCCGCCCGCUCGGGCGGUGGAACCGGCUUGAUUUUCGGGAGUACGACUCAGUGUACAUCGAGAGCGGCGAGGCGACCCCUCUCGCGCUCAAGAACGAGCGGCCGUUCUGGUUCUCGAAGGUCCGAUCGUAUGUGUAA